UGCCCACAAUGAUGUGAAGUGGAUUGUGCAUAAAAAGCAGCAGCAGGUGGCAGCUGCAUCUGUUGAUCUGCUCUCCAGCACACAGAUCUGUAGUUUUCAUUUGAAGAUUUAAAAUGUUCGGACACAACCAAGGAAACCAGUACCCUCCUGGUUACCCGAACCAUCCUCAGCAGAUGCCAGGGGGAUACCCUCAGGGUCCUCCAGGCGCCAUCCCACCAAACUACCCUCCUCAGCCCCACGGUCCACACGGAGGACCCCAAGGACACGGACCUGGACCUGGUUAUGGCCCAGGACCUGGUUAUGGCCCAGGACCUGGUUAUGGCCCAGGAUGUGGACAGGGCCAUGGGCAAUGUCAUGGACAGGGCCACGGACAGGGUCACGGGCAGGGUCAUGGACAGGGUCAUGGACAGGGCCACGGGCAGGGUCAUGGACAGGGCCACGGGCAAUGCCAUGGGAAGGGCCACGGACAUGGGCACAAGCACAAGAAAAAGCAUGGUCACAAACACAGCAAUUGUCACAAGAAAGGGAAGGACUGUCACGGGUCCUCCAGCAGCUCCUGCAGCAGCGACUCUGACUAGAUGAAUAGAAGAUUCCUGGAUGGGAAGAGUUGGCAUCUGGAAACCUUCAUCCUCCUAACAUAUAUUAAAAUCAAUAUUUUACCGCCUGAAUGUUUCUUCCCAUUUAAUCUUAAAAAUGUAUUUGCAUCAUUGAUACAAAAUCAGGCUGAAACAUUCUGCAUGAAAAUCAACAUUUGGCAUGCUAUGUCCAUAUAUCAAGAUGUAGUAUAAGCUUUUAUUAACAUUUCAUAAUUCUUUGGUGUACAGUGACAGACAUUGUUGUAUCCAUGAUUGUGUUUGUUACAGAAAAAAAGUGCAGUUCUGUUCAUGAUAAAUGCUACUGAACAACACAA